AUGACUCGCCACGACACUGCUCAGCCAUCGUCCUCGUCGAUACCGCCCAAAUCCCACACCGAUCGCGCCGUCACUGCGACCACCGCCAACACAAAUGCAUCCCAGUCGCAGCCAACGCCUUCGACGCCCCCCACCGCCUCUGCCGACCUUCCGACGCCGCCGACCUCUCACACCGAAUUCCGUCCUCCCCCAAAUCCGAUCGCAUCCUCCUCCAGGAUCAACACGGAUGAUCAGCACUCAGACGCCAGUCCCACAACCACCGUAUCGGACAACAUGGGGCCUCGCAGAGCCGCCGCUCGUCUAAGUGGCGGCAGCACUUCCUUUGAUCGCAAUGCCGCCGACGACUCGUUCUCUUCGUCGCACCGCAGAGCCAGCAGACGCUCCAGCAUCGACCGCAACGACGAACGCACCAUGGCAGCAGAACGCCCCAUCGAUCGCACCUCGUACCGCUCCCGCGCGGCACAUUCCCCCUCGCGAUCCCCUGCGCGCUCUCCUACACCAUCCCCCAUCCUUGGUCCAGCCUAUGCACUCGACGACCACAUCGACGACCACGAAGUCCUCAAACUCGGUCACCUCUCCUUCCCCAUGCUCGGCGUUGGCGUCGGCCCCACAAAGCAAGAGAUCGAGAUGCUCGUCUACGGCUCCUUCUCCACCAGCACCGAUUCCGCAGAUCUACCCUCGCCCGCCGACGAGUCAGGCAGCCUCGAGUCCAUCUUGGGCUCCUUGGCAAACAUGGGCUUGGACCAUCCCACCGACACCUCUGCCAGCGAAAGAGAGCGCGAGCUCGCCGGCAUGGUCAAAAUGCUCGCCUCUCGAUGCACCACCCUCACAGAAUCGCGCGACCGAGCACAGUCUCAAUUGAGGUCCACUCGCCUCACCGCUCUGUCCGUCAUCUCUUCCAUGAAGCAGGCACACGCCCACGCCCUUGCUGCGCAUCGCAACGUCACCGAUCGACUCGAGGCAGAGCUCGACGGAUGGAAGGCUCAAGCAAAGAUGCUCAGCGCGCUGCUCAAUCGCGCACAGGCUAAAGGCUUCGACGAGAGACGCUCCAACUCCACCUCGGCUCCCGUCGUUACCUUUGCUGACAGGGCCAAGGCUGCAGCUGCUUCGGGCCCUUCGCCCACUAACAACCGCAUCUCCUCGUUCAAGGCCGACCCCGCCGGCACCAAUGGCGACACCAACCAACGACUUCUUAGUAGUCCAAGCUUCCUUUCUUCCGCCCAGGACAACAAAGCACUUGCAUCGCCUGGUACUACAGGCCUUGGCAUCUCUAGCUCUGGGCUGGUCGAGCUCGAUGCCGACCUCUCGCCAACUGCCUCGCUGAUCCGUGAGCGCAACAAGCUCAUCACGGAUAAGAAGCAUCUCAAGGCUCGCGUCAGGGAUGCAGAGGCCCAGGUCUUCAAGUUAGAGAGCGAGCUCAAAGCUCUCCGUCCUUACCUCGUAUCUGGCGGCAUCAAGGCAACUGACCUUCCUGCACCGGUUGCCGACGCCGAUGCUCUCGGCAGCCACACCCCAGGCAACCUUAGCCAGCCCGGCACUGCGCCCACCACCCCAAGCCGAUCCGGCAGCCGCAGAGACAAGAGCCGAAAGAAGCGCAAUGUCACCAUGGGCGACGCAGAGACAGAGCACCUCAUGCUAGCCGCCCGCCGACUGCGUGAGCUGCGCAAGGAGCAGCAAGCAGCUUCCGACCUCACCGCUUCUGGCUCCUCGGCCGACUCGAGCUCUUUCCCACCCACGCAAGAGAGUGCCAAGCAACCGUCAAAUGUCGUGUCGGGCAAUCAGGCCCUCGCGCCUGCUGCCGAGCUCCAAGCCAAUGCCGUCUCGCAUUCUUCGCCUGUCAAGCGGCAGGCUAGCGAGGAGCCGAUAUCUGCAGACAGAGAUGGACCACGUGCAUCCGGUCCACGUACGCCGCCUUCUGGAUCAGCGGAACGGCCACCCAAGACGCCCAAGUCCAUGGCCAGCAUUUCCAACACCCCGCGCACCGGUGUUCGAGCUCGAGAGCUCGACGAGCUUGCUCGCGGCGAUGAUCGUCGCGACAGCUGGUCGGAUCGUCACCGCAGGGUUGACUCUGCAUCCUCCUUCACGGGCAUCGACGAGCUCCUUCAAGCUGCAGAGACGCUCAAUCCGGGCGCUGCGGCACCUUCGCCCAACAUGCGCUCAGGCAGACCUGCUCCGCAUUUCCCUCUUCCAGGCGGGGAUCCGACUUACUACGCGAGAGAGCCUCCUCAUCGUGGCGCAAUGGGCUACCCUCCGCCGCUCUCGGUCGCCACGCAACGCGGUCCAGAGUACGAUCCGUACGGCGGCUACGGUGCUGCACCCUAUCCGAUCCAGUCGAGUCCGCUUCGAAUGGCCCACGAAAGCCCCAAGCGCCGACGAGUUUCGUCCGCUGCCUUUGACUUUGAGCCCUACGGCUCCCCGUUCCUCGGCGAGCGCCAGCCUCGUGUUCGUACACAGACCGAGGGAGCCGAUCCGUUCCUUCAAGGCCGACCGUACCACGAUUAUGCUCCGAGCGGACCACCCAGCGCCGGUGGAAGCCAGACCUUGAGUGCACUCGACCUUCUGGCGGACCAGGCCACGGCCAGCCAGAAUCCAUCGCAAGGAAGCGACAGGUCCGGCGAGUACGAGGGUGUCAGUCCCAUCGGCAGCCUCAGCAGCGAGGACGAGAUGGUCAUGGAUAGCGAAUCCAGAAGGAAGUCUGGUUCGCGUCUGGCAUCCUCUCGAGCGCACGACGGUUCCCGCAGCUCGAAGGCCAACGGCUCGCAGACUUCGUCUCGCAACGGUGAGAGCAAGAGCUUUGGCGGCAAUCAGAAUCCGGAAAAGAGGCUGCCAUACGUUCGAUGGACCUCGGAGGAGGACACCAAGCUGCGUGCUGCCAUCAAGGAGCACGGCCAACGAUGGGAGCUCAUCUCACGCGCCGUGGGGACGCGCUCGUACCAUCAGUGUCGACAGCGGUACCUGCUGAUGCGACGCAAGGAAGCGGCUGCCAAAGCGAACGGCGAUGACAACGACGGUGGUCAGGGUCUCUCGGCGUCCGCCUCGGAUCAGCAGUCGCAGGAGUCCGACUAUGGUCAGGAUCCGGUACCUGCCAGCUCGAGCAGUCGCAGGAAGAGUGGCUCACACGCGCGCCGCGCAUCUCGCGGGGGAGGCGAGUACAAUGACAACGGCCCAACCUCGACUCCUCUCCACAAGCUGUCGAUCGGCGCGCCGGCUCCUCCCGGCAGUGUCUACGGUCAGUUCUCUCCGACCCAGCGACAAGAAGCGCUUGCACCGCCUUCGUCGCAGACGCCCACGCACAGCAGGAUGAUGUCGCAUCCGCAUGCCGCAGGUCCGUUGUCACCGUCGAUGCAGCCGACGUCACCUUACUCGUCGCAGACGCCAUCUGCUGUGAGGCGAGGACCGUAUCCACCGCCUUCGCCGCUCUCGAUGUCAUCGAGGCAGCUGCCGCCGUUGCAACCGCCUCCCGGUGCCUACAUGUCGCAAGGUCCACCCUCUAGCCCGCUGUCGUCCGGUGGACAUCGCCGGCAGUUCUCGGGCGAUACGAGACCACCACAGGGAGGCAGUGCACAGCAGGAACCUACAACGCCUACCUCCGGGGCGAGAAGGAUGGGAGCUGCUCUCUACAGUUGA